AUGAUUGGAAUAAGAGGUGGUCAAAGUAUACUAACUAGAUUAUGUGUUAGUGGUAGUUCUACUUUCAGUGGUAUUACUAUUGUUAGUAACAGAUAUACAACAGAUUCAAAUACAACAACAACAACAAAAGAUAGUACAACAGUCUCUACACCAAAAAGAAGAAGAUCACCAACAACAACAAAGAAAGUAAAAGAUAGUGAUAAAGAGAAGAAAGAAAAGGUAGAAGAAGAAAGUAAAAAGGAGGAGAAUGGUGGUGUAUUCAGUUCACAAAUCGAUCGAUCGAAACUAAAGAUUGAAACACAUGUCGGUGUCAAAGACUACUAUCAACACAAGAUCGACUCUCUCCAAGGCAGUGUCAAUUGGCUCUACAGUCGUUUGUCAGAGUUCAAGGAUUUAGUGUCACCAGGCAACAAGAUGACAUCGAAUCAAGUCGAACAACAACAGCAACAGCAACACCAACGCACUAUCGAGUCGAGUAUGAAUAGAAUCCUCAGCAACCACACCAAAGACAACAAAAAACAGUCAUCCGAUGACAAUGUUUUAAAGUUGAUUCAACAAUCGAUUGAAUCGGAAUUGAGUAGCAGCUAUCAAAAGUCAUUCUACAAGCCAACCAAUGUUGAUUCCGCCGAUAUCGAUCGUUACUUGGAGGUUGCACUCAACGAUAUGGCCAUGUCCACCAAGAACACACGUGAACUGCUCCAGAGAAAGCUGUCGCAAUACAGAGGCACCAAUGUUGCCGGUGGUAAAUCACUCAGACUCUACAAGUUCAUACAUCUCUGCAACGUACUGGAUACUCAGGUCGCCGAGACACAAUCGAUGAUCGACAGCGAAGCUAGACUGACAGCCGGCAAAGCCGAACAACAGAAACAAAUCGAUGAUCUACUAGAUAGUUUGGAGUUAGAGUAUAGUCAACAGAAUAAACGAUUGGAAUCAGUGGUCGACGAAACCGAGAGAACCAAACUGAAAAAGCAAGUUGCAGACUUGGAAUCUACUAUAGAGUAUGUUAAAUAUUCGUUGAUUAGAUACAUCGAUUCCGUUGAGAAGUUGUACGAUAUCGAUAAUGCUACCGUUACUGAGCAGAGUGGUAACGAUCGUGAACUCUUCAACGAUGUCAAGCGCAUGUUCUUCUACGAUAGCGUCUACAUGCACCCUAGAAGCAUCUCACAAUAUACAUCAACCAUCAAUUAUUUACAAGCAAAGCUACAUGUUGCUCAACAACAAUCAAAAACAAACAACAACGCCACCGCCGACAAAGACAUUCAAAAGUUCAAACAUAUCAUCAACCUAUUAACAACAGACCUUAAUAAUCUAAAGUUAAAUCAAGUUGUUGAUAAAUAA